AUGGGGCACGGUGAUCUGCAUGCUGGAUUUGACACAUACUUUCCCGGGUGUGACAAGUACUACCAACAAGAAGCCCACAGCUUCAAGCCAUAUGCGACUGGGGGACUCCUCAAGUCCUGGCAACCGCGCGAUCCAAGGCUCGAGGACAUUGAGCGCCAGCGCCGUGCCGCUCCAACGAGCAUAGAGGAGGCCUGUGCGUACGGUAGCCUUGCGCAUCUCAUCACAUUCUGGGCACAAGGCCAAAAUGUAAAAAAUCGUAUGGCCGUGUACGAGGGUAUCGACGCGACACCACUCAUGUGGGCAGCGUUCAGGGGUCACCUUCACGUGGCACGCUUCCUUAUUGACCAAGGCGUCGAUGUGAAUGCAACGAACAGCGCAGGGCACAGCGCGUUGUCGUGGGCACUGAUGGAGGUGCAGUACGAGAUGGUGCGUUUCCUCCUUGAUCACGGUGCAGACCCUCUGAAAAAGGACCAAAGGGGGUACAAUGCCUACUUCCUGGCUGUGCAGAGCAACAGUCUGCCAUUGCUGCUUAUGGUUUGCGAGUGCUGCCCUCUCGACGUGCAGGAUCGCGACGACGAGGGUCACUCCCUGCUGCAGUGGGCGGCCUACGUGAAUUCCCCCGCCAUAUGCCAGUACCUCGUGGAAAAGUGUCACAUGGGGAUGGAUUUUUGCGACAAGGAUGGGCGCACACCCCUCGUGUGGGCCGCUCGUGAGGGUUACGCCGAAGUUGUUGAGUACCUUGUCACGCACGGUGCCCGCACAGAAGUGGCCGAUGUUGAUGGUUACACCGCGCUUCAAUAUGCGCGAUAUCGCAACCAUCGAGAAUGCGUGUACGUGCUGACGCAACACCCUGCUGCACGGCGGAACGACGUCACGGCAUCGGUGGAAGGUGAAUCCUCGAGGCAUCGUUUAUUGCCUUCUGGGUACACUGGUGUGCAGCAACUUCGGCGACGUGGCACGCUUGCAAUGAUGUUUCAUCAACCUUUCUUCUUAUUCAUGUCAAUUGCAGGCGCUGUCUACGUUGCACUGGCGUACCUAAUCAUAAUGUUACUUCCUCCAAUAAUUAGCCACGUGGUAAUCGGCCUCUUUUACUUCCGCAACGUGCUGUGGAUGAUUAUUGCUGGCUCUCCGGUGCAAGGCGGUCAACAAGAGCCUACAGCCUUACAGAAGUCUGGCAUCGCGAGCAAUUUCGCUGAUUCAGUGCGUGGCAUAUGGGUUUUCAGAAAUCGAGAUGCAGCCUGUUUGUUUGCACUCACAGCCUUCAUCAUUGUGCAACUGCAUGCGUGGGCGAAGUUAGGUCUCUCACCUCUGCUGUUGUUUUAUCCAAAUGAGACGGUAGCGUUGAAGGGACGCGGCACUGAAGGGGUUUACCAAUCUGGAGAAUACUGGUGGAGUAUUUUCUUUCACACCAAGGCUGAAUUCGAGCAAUUUAUACUGUUGUUUCUGGUUUGCCUCAUUGCGGUGAGUGCGAUAUUCUGCAAACUACUCUCGAUGCGCUCUGUCCACGAGCCAGUCAAAUCGUCACUGGAUACUUCGCCUCUGUGGACAAUCUUGAAACAGCGUGCGUACCGCUGGUUACACCCCCGCAUUCUCUGCGUGAGGCUACAUACGGCGAUACCCCUUCGGGCCUUUUACUGCUAUGAACGCGAUGUGAUCAUGCGGCGCUUUGACAGCUACAGUGUUGCGCUUGAUUGCCCUGUAGCGGAGAGCAACCAUGUUUGGUUCUUUCUAUUUGCCAACGGCUUUGCCUGUUUCCAAUGGCUUAUUUUCUUCUGGGCUUGGGAACAGACGAGUGAAUUACUUCAGUGUCCUGCAUCACCGUAUUUUGGCCGGAGGCUAUUUUGGUCGCUGUGGAACCUGCUCAUCCACGGACUGCCGUGCCGUGAUACGGCACAGAGCGUUGGCACGGAAUGGGGCCCCUAUCUCUCGUGGCUUCAAUAUAUUAUUCCUACUUCCGCGAACUACCUCGGGGUUUGGCUGCUGCAGUUCAGUCUGGUGGCAUCCGUCAUGGCGACAUUUGUGGCGGCACGUCAGUGGACGGUAGCACUGACCGGCGCGACGCGGAUGGAGUUGGCGAACCCCACCGCCACCUCCAGCGACGGCGGCCUCGUUACCAUAUUCCCACAGUCGCUGUCGGCUGCGGAGCCGUGGCAGCCGCCGUUGGGCAUCACAGAGGGCAUCACACCGGCAAUGGAAGGGGGCGAGGCCGCACGAGCACCAGCAAGGCGUGGACCUCGUUGUAUCUACGCAAGCAGUGGGUUUUCCGUUGUGAACGCCGCUGCAUUCCUCCUCGGCUACGCGGGACGCCGCUGGAGGGGUGCCAUGGCGAUUUCCCCAUCGAAUACGCCGAUGUUCAGCGUAUCUCUACUGAGCGAGGGAGGUGAUGUGUGA